GGUCACACUGUUUCGAAUUAUUUGCAAUUUUCGUCCGCGUCCAAAUCGCGCCAAACAAUUGGCAUUCCUACACUUCCACGAAAUUCAGACCUUUGAACAACAGUUAGACACCACUUUGAUCCGACCACCACUGAGAUGAGCGAGUUAAAUGCGAGUGUUGCCGGCCCAGAGGGCGAGGAUGGAAAUCCGCACGAGCAAUCGACCAUCACAAUGGUGGAUGUGCUCGAGCAGGAGAAGGAAUUGGAGGACGAGUACGCCGCGGUGCUGGGCGCCUCCGACGAGAAGUCCUGCACCUAUGCAAAGGGACCCAUCGCCCGGCAGGCCCUGUACUCCUGCCUCACUUGCUGCCCGGAGGCACGCACUGACCUUACCAAAGCCGCCGGCUGUUGCUUGGCCUGUUCCUACCGCUGCCACGAGAACCACGAACUGGUGGAGCUUUAUACUAAGCGGAACUUCCGCUGCGACUGUCCCACAAGCAAGCUGGGCAAGUGCUCCCUGAAUCCGCAACUGCAAGGCGCUCAGGAUGCCAAUAAGGGAAAUCUGUACAACCAGAAUUUCCAAGGGCUCUACUGCCGCUGCAAGCGUCCUUAUCCUGAUCCCGAACGCACCGUCGAAGAGGUGAUGCUGCAGUGCGCCAUCUGCGAGGACUGGUACCAUCUGCCGCACAUGAAGGCUCCGGGCGCCAGCGAGAAGUGGCUGGAUGCCUGCAGUGAAAUGAUCUGCGAUGGCUGUAUGGAUGCUGUACCAUUCCUUAAGGACUAUACCGGAUUGGCCUUGCAGCCCGUUGAGGGUGAUGAGGAAAAGAAGCCCAAGGAGGACUUAAAGCCAAAGCAGGAUGAAGGUCAACUAAAGUCGGAGCUAGAUCGUAGCAUCUGCGAUAUAAUGAACGUUUCGGAGAAGAAAGGCGAUGCAGCAGCGGCAGAGGUUGGCGAACCCAGCCAGAAGCGUGCCAAGCUGGAUAAUUGCAGUCGUCCCACGCCUCUCAAGGAGCAUCAGGGAGCCGCUUUCUGGACUAAUGACUGGCGCAAAUCGCUUUGCCAGUGCUCCGAAUGCCUACCGCUCUACAAGGAGCUUGGCGUGGAGUUUCUGCUGGACACCGAGGACUCGGCCAAGACGUACGAGGAGCGCGGCAUGAAGCGUGCGGAAGAAAAUUCCAGCUAUGAGCAGGGCAUCCGGGCUUUGGCCUCCAUUGACCGGACACAGCAAAUCGAUGCGAUUACCGAAUACAAUCGUAUGAAGGACAAGCUAAAGGAGUAUUUGCAGUCCUUCGCCGAAAGCAAGAAGGUGGUGACCGAGGAGGAUAUCAAUCGCUUCUUUGCCGGCAUGCGUAACGAGAAUAAUGAUAAGCUGGGUCAACCAUACUUUUGUCGCUGAAAUCGGUCAUCGGGGGUCGGGUUAGAAGAUUUUCCUCACCUUUUCAAAUUGAGUAAUUCUAUGAAGACAAAUUAUAAGUAUUGAGCCAAAAGAAAUCAUUCUA